AUGCGGGAAAUUGGCUUAAUUUUCAUUAUAUUUUCCUUAGUUACGGCUCACGUAACUAGGGAUUGGUCUAAUAUUAUACCGGCUCCCGCAGUACCCGAUUUGUUUGCAUCCUCUGAAGAAGUAAAGAUCGUGGGAGGUAAUGAAGCUGCACGAAACUCUUUACCAUACCAAGUCGCUUUGAUACUUAAUCACAAUAAAGGGGGGUAUUUCUGUGGUGGAUCUCUUAUCACCAAAAGAUACGUGUUAACAGCCGCACAUUGUUUGACGGACGGACUUAUAUCAGCACAAGUGAUACUUGGAGCGCAUAACGUUCGUCAAUCUGAACCGACACAACAACGCAUUUCCAGCACAACGUUCAAACAACAUGAAAAUUAUAAUAAUCAACCAGCCCAGAAUGACUUAGGAGUUAUCUAUCUUCCAACACCAGCCAACCUCAAUCGUAAUGAAGCUGCACGAAACUCUUUACCAUACCAAGUCGCUUUGAUACUUAAUCACAAUAAAGGGGGGUAUUUCUGUGGUGGAUCUCUUAUCACCAAAAGAUACGUGUUAACAGCCGCACAUUGUUUGACGGACGGACUUAUAUCAGCACAAGUGAUACUUGGAGCGCAUAACGUUCGUCAAUCUGAACCGACACAACAACGCAUUUCCAGCACAACGUUCAAACAACAUGAAAAUUAUAAUAAUCAACCAGCCCAGAAUGACUUAGGAGUUAUCUAUCUUCCAACACCAGCCAACCUCAAUCAGUACGUUCAACUGAUAGCACUUCCUAGUAGAGCUGACGUUUCGAAUAGUUUCGCAGGAUCGCAGGCAGUAGCAAGUGGUUGGGGAUUCUUUUCUAGUUCUGCUAACGUUACUAGUGACGUAUUGCGAUAUGUCGAUGUUCCGGUUAUAGCAAACGACGUGUGUAAAGGAAACUUCGGUUCGUACAUUACCAACUCAAUGAUUUGUUCUGGAGGAACGGGCAAUAAAGGCAUUUGCUCUGGAGAUUCGGGCGGACCUCUUGUCGUCAGCAAAAAAUUGGUUGGUGUAGCUGCAUUUGUAAGUGGAUGGGGUUGCUAUGCAGGGUAUCCAAGCGCUUUCACAAGGGUGUCAUCAUUUUUAGACUGGAUCUCAGCAAACACUGAUGCUGUUAUUUCUUAA